UCCAAUUUUUAUCUUUAUGUGAUCGUUCACUCGAUGAUAUAGACGCUUCUAGUUACGAGUUCUCUGUCGAAUCCGCCAUUUUGUUUUGUAACUUAUAGUUUCCUGUGGAGGUUAAAGAAUUGUAGGUUUAUUUUGUGUUAUUAAGGAAAAAAAGACAGCAAAAUGAGUUACGGAAGACCACCGCCGCGAAUAGACGGCAUGGUUUCUCUUAAAGUGGACAAUCUAACAUAUAGGACUACACCAGAUGAUUUACGUCGCGUUUUCGAAAGGUGUGGUGAUGUCGGCGAUAUUUAUAUUCCAAGAGACAGAUAUACACGUGAAAGCAGAGGGUUUGCUUUUGUCAGGUUCUUCGAAAGGCGCGAUGCCGAGGAAGCACUAGAUUCAUUAGACGGAAGAAUGUUAGACGGCAGAGAAUUGCGAGUUCAAAUGGCCAGAUAUGGUAGACCAUCUUCACCAUACAGAAGCCGCUACGACCGUCGUCGGAGCCACUCGCGUUCACGGUCUCGUUCACGUCGUCGCUCCAGGUCCCGGUCCCGCCGCCGCUCGUACUCUCGCAGCCGGUCCCGCUCGCGCUCCCGAUCCCGCAGUCGCUCGGACUCCAAGAGCUCCCGCGGCAAGUCCCGCAGUCGCAGCCGCAGCCGCUCUCGUUCAAGACAUUGAAGUGUGCUGAGUUUAAAGUAUCUUGUAAGCUGAAGUGCUGCACUUCAAACAAAUGGCAGCCUAGGCUAAGGUACUAGAAUACUCUAUAACUUUAAGAACUUAAAUUGACAUAGUGGCAAACUCUGCAACAAAAUUAGUCUAUAAGAUAAAAAUUUAUUGUAAUGUUUGUAAUUUUCAUUAUUUUUCUUACCAUGUAAUAGUUUUUUUUUUGUGUGUUAACAUUUGUCUUAACUCAGUUGUCCAAUCCAUAACAGUGUAAUUAGUAAUUAUUACCAAAAAAAAAAAAUGUAAAUUUUAUAACUACUUGCUUAAUGUUUAAAUUUGAAAAGGUAAUUUUAAAUAUCACAUCUGUUCAAAAACUAUAUAUUAUUUUAAUUUUGCUUGACUUUAUUUAUAUGAUGUAUUAAUAUGUAAUUAAUCCACACUUGAUGAUGCUGUUAUGGUUUUAAGAUGUUAUUGCAGGUAUAUACAAAGUAUAUUAUAUCUGAAGAUCAUGUUCCUCAAAUUGGGUUAAAAUUUGGGAUUAAUAGGACUACUCGACGAUAUGUGGUAAUUUCCCCCCUGAGUCCGACUAAAUAUUUUGUUGUAAUAAAAACUUACUUAACAAAACAUUAAUAUGUAGGAUUUAUUUGAAGAACAAAUUUAGUACAGUUAAGGUAAAUGUAACUUGAAAGCUACAUUAAUUCAAAUAGAAUAGAGGAAUAAUCGGUGUUAACAUAAUACGUUGUCUAGAGAGAUUACAAAAUUAAUGUUAAUGUUGGUAUGCUCAGGGCAUGGAGUAUGCAGAGCGAGGCGUUUGCGGGGAGGGGGGUUUUGCUGUUUGCUGACAACUGCUGAAUUGCUGUUGUUGCUGAGCAUAAGUUAUGAGUAAACUUUUAUAUUUAUUGACACAAGACUGGUGUAGCCUAGGCCCAAGAGAAUGGUACCAGUUUAAUUUUCUAUGUGUACUUGCCCGUGCAGGGGUUUAUUAAAAAAAUUAUUAAUGAGUAUUAUUUUGGAAUUAGAGUGAAUUAAACAAUAGUGUUAUGUUAGUAUAGUGGAAGUAAGUAGUCUUGCUGAGUGGAUUAAUAUAUGGAUUUGUUCGGCAGGCCGGUGCUGCUCGCUGGCCUGUUUGCUGUGGCAGUUUCCUGUGCUGAUUGGUGUGAUUUGCAGAUACGUGCGUCUAGGUUAACUUGUAAUUGCAGGACUCCCCCCCUGAUAUUCACUAGAAUAAGAAGUAAAUAAAACACCGCUAUACCAUUCUGUUUAAAGGGAAGGUUUUCUGUUCUGAAACGUCUUGAUAUAGUUUAUUCCACAAAAAACGUAAACCUUGUCUUUAAAUCUUUUACGUCAAGCAAGCAGUCAAGGGCGCUAUGGACAACGAGCAUGGUUUAGUAACUUCGGUUUAUUAUUCGUAAUAAACAUAACAUCAA